AUGAAAAGAAAGAUUAGGAGGAAGAAAACUUCUGCAAAAUCUGAUUUUUAUUUACCCGAUGACUGUUGGGAGCAUGUCUUCACAUUCCUCAACAACCACAACCGCGACUUUAACUCUCUAUCUCUCGUCUCUAAACGGUUUCUCUCCAUAACCAACAGACUCUUAUUCUCUCUCAGAAUUCGCUAUCCACAUCUUUGCUUUCUCCGCCGUAUCCUCCAUAGAUUCUACAACCUUAAUUUCCUUGACCUCCGAUUCAACCUCCAUCAUGAUCUGGGUGCAGAUAUUGCUUUGGCUCUCCGUGACAUACCAACAUUGAAAUCUUUAGCUAUUUCCAAUAUUAACCUAAAGUAUGGAAAGUAUGUUACUUCACUGUUCAUUGAUUCAUUACUCAGUUUGAAGGGUUUGAUUAGUCUUAAGUUCCGAUGCUCGCAAUUCUCAAAUGAUUUGUUCUACUCUAUUGGAAGGGAAGGUCUUCCUUUAAAAAGCUUUGUCAUCAAAUAUUGUACCGGCUAUACUUACGAUGGAGUUUAUUUUUUGUUAUCCAAGUGUCAUUCGAUACAACAUCUAGGUCUUCGAGCUAAUUACUUUCUAGAUAAUCAUCAUAUUACCGACUUGUCUUUGCUCCUUCCUCAUUUGGUUUCUAUAAACCUUAGUCAAUGUUUUAAACUCACCGAAUCAGCCUUGUUUGCCAUAAUUAGUAACUGUCAUUCAAUUGAAGAAAUCAUAAUGGAAGAGAUUGAUUUUGGGAAUUUUGAUUCUUUCAAGAAUUUUCAAGUGAGCUCUCAAUUGAAGUCUCUGUGUUUGGCUGACAAUUCCUCCAUAAAUGAUGAAAGCAUCACAACGGUGGCCUCCAUUUUCCCCAAUUUGCAGCUGCUUGAUUUGAAUGGUUGCGAUGACAUAUCUGAAAAAGGUAUUUGUCAUGUUUUAAGUAGAUGUUGUAAGAUUAGACAUUUAAACUUGAGCGAUUGUUGUGAAAUAAGGCUACUUGAAAUGAACUUUGCAGUUCCUCAGUUGGAGGUGUUGAACUUGUCAUAUACAAGAGUUGAUGAUAAAACACUCUAUGAGAUUUCAAAGAGUUGUCAUGGGCUUUUGCAACUAAAAUUGGCAUAUUGUAAUUAUGUCACACAAAAAGGAAUGAUACAUGUGGUUGAAAAUUGCACACAACUUAAGGAGAUUGAUUUGAGAAAUUGUAAAAAAGUGGAGGCUGAUGUCAUUGUCUCAGAGGUUUUAUCAAGGUCUCCUUUUAAAAAAAGGAAACUCUUCUCGCGUGAUGAGUAUAUUUUCUUCUCCUAA